AUGUCGUCGGUCAAAGCCACAAAGAAGAGCGCAUUCUCUUGUGAGCCGUGCCGUAGACGCAAGGUCAAAUGCGGCGGCGAGCAACCGAUUUGCAAUCGCUGUGCUGCUAGAAGCGAUGACUGUAUUUACAAACUGAACCCGACUCUGUCUUACACCCAGCGCCUUGAGGAACGCAUUAAAGAAUUGGAAGACCAACUCGCUGCUAUCAAAUCUCCUCCAUCAGUGGCCGCCUCAAAUCAUUCGAGUCCUGGCGUCUGGAACGGCCAUGACUCGAAUCGCCAUACAGACGAGCAUGCAAUGACGAGGAGCUUCAUGGGUCUCAAGAUCGAUGACAAGGGUGGCAUUACUUACCAUGGACCGACCAGUCUCUUCAACCUUCCCAGUGACCCUCACAAGCAUAAGCCAGACUCGAUAUCAUCCAUUGACUCGGAUGCUCAUAGAAGAGAGCGUUUGGUUAACAAUGCAUGGCAUCAGCGAGCGAUGGAAAACCUGUCUGAUAUCCCAGAACCGUUUCAAUACCUUCUGAAUGUGCAUUGGUGCUGGAUCCAGCCUCUUUUUAACUUUAUCUACAGGCCUGCAUUCACUCGUGACAUGCAAUCCAUGGGGCCGUACUAUUCUCACACUCUUCUGAAUGCAAUGCUCUCACAUUCCAUCCGCUGGGGUAAAAGUGAUCCCUCCACCAAACAACUGCUGGAUCAGUCUUAUGAUGGAGGAGCUGUUUUUGCAAAACACGCCCGAAGCAUGCUUUUCGACGAAUUAAGAGAAUGUGGUCAUGGCAACACGACACAGGCCUGGAUUUACAGUGGCAUAGCGUUCCGUCUCAUUGAUCAUUUGGGUAUUUGCGUUGAUGGACAGAGAUAUCCAGGGUCAGUCCAUUUGACUGAUGAAGAGGUCGAAAUUCGACAUCGACUUUACUGGAGUUGCUAUUUCUGGGAUAAGAUUAUCAGCCUAUACCUCGGUCGCUCGCCUUCACUGCAACAUACGCAGGUGUCACCGCCUCAGAUUAUCAUGGACGACUCGGCCGAGAAUGAGCUCUGGGUCCCCUUUGACUCACCUCAUGGAUCAGAUUGGAAGUACCCUCCUGCGACAGCUCACUCAACUUCCUGUUUCAUGAGUGCUUGUCGAUUAUCAGUCAUCUUCAAUGAGAUUCUCAUUCACAUGUAUGAUCCAUUACUGGAGAAUACCGAGGCAGAGAUGCAAGAGUGUCUACAGACACAAGAUCCUGCCAUGAGACUAUGGUGGGAACAACUCCCUCCACAUCUCAAGAUCGAGCUCUCCGCCAUGCCUGAGCUGGCACCUCCAUCACACAUUGUCACCAUGAAUGUGUAUAUCGCGGCCACAAUUUUCCUUUUGCAGGUUCAAGCUACACCUGAGGACCAACAAGCAGUUCGCAAGCUGAGCUUCUGCGUACGAGCCUUGCAUCAGGCCAAAACUGUUAAUCCAGUCAUCUCAAGUGCUUUGGAUUUGAUCACCCGAGAGAUGGCGAAUCUUGGGCUUGAUCCAGGAUUCAGUACACCACAACAACAGCCUCCUCCGCCGAUGCCUCAGCCUAUGCCAGAUGUUCCGAUGCCUACAGACAUACCGAUUACCGAGACUAUUUACCCAGCUUCAUUUGAUAUACCCGCACAGCAAUCGCCUUACGAGCCGGAGCAGCUGUUCCAGACACCGUGGGCCGACGAUAUGAAUCCGAAUGCAAUGGCCGUUGACCGAGGAGUUUUCGAGGCUUUAUCCUCAUUUGAGCCACUGAGUGUACGGGUGGGCGCUAUCUAUGAGUCAGGAAACAACCCUCAGAAUUUUGGUUGA